AUGCCUGACAUCCGGUCAUUCUUUGGCCCGAAGGGUGGUGCUGCUCCUGCACGUAAACCUGCGCCUGCGCCAGCCAAGAACGAAGAUUUAUCCAAAGGGAAACGGACAAAAACUCGAAAAAUUGUCGAAGACAGUGACGAUGACGCUGAAACUGUAGAGAGUGUCAAGCCCGCGGCAAAAGCAACCCUUCGAAAAAAGACCGUACGUACAGAGCCGAAAGGUGUGGUGACCUCCGCAGACGCAUAUUUCGCCUCAAGCAAGGGAAGCAAAGUUUCCCAGCAGGCAACACCAAAGAAGGCACCACAGGUCAAAGCUCAAGUCAAAGAGGAGCUCGCCGUCAGAUCUAGUCCUCGAAAUAAAAGGCCGGCUGUCGUUAAAGCGGAGCCCGCCGCUCCGAAUGGAUCACCUCGAAAAAGGAGAGCGACAACCGCGUACAAGCAACACCAAGACGAUGAGGGUGAUGCCUACAUGGACGAUGCUGAUGAGGAUGGUGACGACAUUUUUGCCGCCGAUGUCAAGGGGCAAAGCAAGCGUAAAGAUGAUGAAUAUGUUGAAGAGGAAUCCGAAGAAGAUUUGCCCAGGCCGAAGCGAUCCAACUUGCGGGGCCAAGCAUCCGCCAUCCCAGAUGCCGAUAAAGGGGAACGUAGGGCGGUAUCCAGGAAGCGAAAGUCUCCCAUGCCAGAAUCAGAAGAUGAAGAGGAGGGAAUUCCGCGAAAGAAGGCGACUGCCGCAAAGCCUCGAGCACCGCGUACGACGAAAAAAGUUGACGAGCCCGAAGAUGCAGCGAUUCAAGACAUUAUCGAUAGUGUGACGACUGUCAGACCCCCGACACCACCCCCGAAAGACCCCAACGCUAAAUUCGACUGGAGGAAGGCUGCCGCUGGGGGAGGCAAUGCUUCUGUUCAACCCAUGACGGAGGUGGAAUUGCCCGAGGGCCAGGAGGAGUGUCUUUCGGGUCUGUCGUUUGUGUUUACCGGCAUCUUGCAGACUAUUGGGCGUGAUGAGGCCCAGGCCCUUGUCAAGCGGUACGGAGGCAAAGUCACAGGCCAGCCGAGCAGCAAGACGAGUUUUGUCGUUCUAGGAAACGACGCAGGGCCGAGCAAGCUGGCAAAGAUCAAGUCACACGGUAUCAAGACGAUUGACGAGAAUGGUUUAUUCGAACUUAUCCGCAAGCUUCCUGCAUAUGGCGGCUCAGGAAAAGGCGCCCAGAAAGCUCAAGAAAAGAAGAGGGCCGAGGAGGACAAGGUGAAGCAGCAAGUUGCCGAAAUGGAAGCCGAGGAGAAGGCCCGAAAAGCAGAAGCCACCAAGUCGGCUCAACAAGCAGCAAAGGCUCGAGGAACUCCUGCUCCCGCCCCCCAAGCCGCUUGCCAGCCCACUGCGCAGCUUCUGACGUCCAAAUACGCGCCCACCCAACUGAACCACAUUUGCGGCAACAAAGCUCAAGUAGAGAAGAUUCAAGCAUGGCUGAGGAACUGGCCCAAGGCCAAAAAGUACGACUUCCAGAGACGCGGAGCUGACGGCUUGGGCGGCGAGAGAGCCAUCAUCAUCUCUGGGCCCCCUGGUAUCGGAAAAACCACUGCUGCCCACCUUGCCGCAAAACUGGAGGGCUACGACGUGUUGGAGACCAACGCCAGCGAUGCCAGAAGCAAAAGGCUGGUGGAGGAGGGCGUGAGCGACGUGAUGAACAACACGUCCCUCUUGGGCUACUUUGCCCGUGAUGGAAAACCAGUGGAUGUUGCAAAGAAGAAGAUUGUUCUCGUCAUGGAUGAAGUAGACGGCAUGUCCGCAGGCGACCGCGGAGGUGUUGGUGCUCUUGCCAAGUUUUGCAAGAAGACCGAGGUGCCCCUGAUUCUCAUAUGCAACGAGCGUCGACUUCCAAAGAUGAAGCCGUUUGACCAUGUUGCAUUCGACAUCCGAUUCAACCGUCCAACAGUCGACCAGGUGCGAUCGCGAAUCAUGACGAUAUGCCACCGGGAGGGCUUGAAGCUUCCGCCGCCAGUGGUGGACGCCCUGAUCGAGGGCAGCAAUAAGGACAUUCGGCAAAUCAUCAACAUGAUAGCCACUGCCAAGCUUGAUCAGACGUCGAUGGAUUUCGACAAGGGCAAGGCCAUGACCAAGGCAUGGGAGAAGCAUGUUGUGUUGAAGCCAUGGGACAUUUGCCAGAAGAUGCUUGGCGGAGGACUCUUUGCACCGGCAAGCAAGUCAACCUUGAACGACAAGAUUGAGCUGUAUUUCAACGACCACGAAUUCAGCUUCCUCAUGAUUCAGGAGAACUAUCUUCGGACAAAGCCAAUGCUGCUGAGCGGCAAGGGCUUUACGAAGCGCGAGGAAAAGUUGAAGGCGCUCGAGCUCUUUGACCAAGCUGCGGAGAGCAUCAGUGACGGCGAUUUGGUCGAUCGCAUGAUUCACGGGCCCCAGCAGCACUGGAGCCUGAUGCCCACCCACGCCGUCUUCAGCACCGUCCGACCUGCGAGCUUCGUUGCCGGGCAGCUUAUGGGAUCGGGCUUCACGUCGUGGCUGGGCAACUACAGCAAGCAGAACAAACUCGGGCGGUAUGUGCGAGAGCUUCAUUCGCACAUGCGACUCAAGUCUUCGGGCGACCACAACGAAGUUCGGCAGCAGUACAUGCCGGUGCUCUGGAAGGAGCUUGUGGAUCGCCUGCAGAGGGAUGGCACAGAUGCCGUGCCUCGAGUGAUUGAGCUCAUGGACAGCUACUUUAUCACGAGAGAAGACUUUGAUGCCAUUCAGGAACUCGGCGUUGGUCCCAUGAUUGAUGAGGAUGUCCGCGUCGAGACAAAGACCAAGGCAGCGUUCACGAGGACAUACAACGCCAUGAGCCACCCGGUUCCGUUUAUGAAGGCAAGCAGUGUCGUGGCCCCGAAGAAGCCGGUCAAAGAAGCCCCGGACUUGGAGGAAGCCAUCGAGGAGGAGGAAGACGACGGCGACUUGGCCGAGGUGCCAGACGCAGAAGAUGACGAGGCAGACCUGAAGAAGGACAAGUACAUCAAGCAGCCCAAAAAGAAGGCUGCCAAGAAGGCCACCAAGACUGCGGCAGACGAUGACGGCGAGACCGAGAAGCCCAAGGGGCGAGGAAAGGCGAAGACCAAGGGCAAGGGGAAGAAGUGA